CAAGCGCGUUUUGUAUUACGAUUAAAGAAAAUUGUGAUGUAAAAUAGAGAAUAAUAAAUGUUUGUUGAUCAUCAUGGCGAAUCCUCGAAAAUUUAGUGAAAAAAUUGCUCUACACAAUCAAAAGCAGGCAGAAGAAACAGCCGCUUUUGAAAAAAUUAUGCGUGAAGUUUCCGAUGCAACCAAUAAGCCUGAGGAAAAUCCAAUACCAACUCAAUAUGGGAUGAGCGGUGGGCGAAGUGGAGGCACAUCUCCAUCACGGACACCUGUACAAAGAGGCAGGGCGUCGUCUUCAGUCGGUCCCAUGAGAAGACCGGCCGAUCGAAAACAUGACACUAGCCCUUAUGGAAGCAGUGUCUAUUUGAGUCCGCCUCCGGAUAGCAGCUGGCGGCGUACCAACUCGGAUUCUGCGCUGCAUCAGUCUUGCGGCGAGACGCAGCAGCCCGCACCACCGCUCUCCCCCCACCACCCGCUGCACUCACACGCGCACCCGCAUCUCCACCCGCAUCAGAACCACCGCAGAGGACCAGAUAUCCAUCUAGAUGUGCUGGCAACGCUAGGUAUGAAUCCCACAAAUCGUCCUCGCUCGUCUUGUGAAAUUCCUAGAAUACCAAACAAUAACAAUGUGUACGAGAGCGGCGGGGACGGCGGCGGGGGCGGUGGCGGGGGUGGGGGUGGUGUGGGGAGCGGCGGGUUAGCGUGUGGGGAGCUGCAGGUGCCGGGCGGCUCACUACCCGACCUCACCUUGCUGCACUACCCGCCUCACGCCACGCACACCGCGCACUACCUGCCGCAUCGAACCUCGCCCGACUACCACCCUAGAUAUAGCCCCAGUUCCCCCGGCGCGGUGUCCCCGGGCGGCGGCAGCGUGUCCCCGGCGACGGGCGGACUGUCGCCCGCGUCUGGCUCGCCGGUGGGCGCCACCGUGCCCACGCCGGCCUCCGCACUGCGCACACACGACCACUACGACGCACAGAAUCACUUAUCUGUACCAAACACAAAUAAUUACCUUCAUCAUAAUAAGAACAUGUCCCCACUGGACCACACGUGGAUGACGUCAGGCUAUCAGUCUCACUGCAGUCCGCCUUCACAAUAUUCCUCAACGUCAAAUAUAAACAUACCAUCGCCAACUAUGCACAGUCCGGGCAGUCCGGUGGAGUCACCGCAGACGGACUACAACAAUUUACACCAAGCGUUGUUGCAGCCCUUUGAACAAAUCACUAUGUUAGAUCCUCCGACGUCGAGUUACAACACGAGUUAUAUCAACCACAGUUCACCACAUUCGCCGCAGACGACGAAUUCACAACUCACGUAUUCUCAAGUACUUCUGUAUAACGUUGUGCCGCAGGCGUCGCACGUGCAGCACGUACAGCACGUGCAACACGGGCAGCACGUCCAGCACGCGCAGCACUUGCAGCACGAGCCGCGGCGGGCGCGCGACCCCGUGCCGGGCGGCGGCGGGUACCCCCCGCUGCCGCUCGCCUCGCCCUCCGCACCCACCGGACCCGCCACGCCCGCCAGCAUACCCGACAUCAUACUCACAGAUUAUUCAGGUGAACUAGACGCGGGCAUUUUUGGCGGAGAAGAGGCGCAGUUGCGAGCCGGCCUGGACCUCGACGACCUCAACUUGCUGGAGGAGCCAAGUGCGCUGUUGCCGGACUCGGCGGUCGAGCACGAGUUCCGAUUGGACCGCUUGUAGUAGUGCGCUCCCGCUCUCGCAUGCCGCGUCGCCGAUCGCGCCCUCUCGCUCGCGCAUGACGCGCGCGAGUAGACAGAUCGGGGACGAUGGAAGCUACGAAAGUUCGCCUCCGCGCUCCUCCACAUCGAGCGCGAGACGAGACUCCCAAUACUUCAUGACAAUUUAUAUCUUUUCAAGUCUGAGUUAGUGAAUAUAGUAUUCGAUGUAACCGUCGUCGUGUAGUCGUCAGAUGUGAGAUGUGCGUGCGGUGUGUGCGGUGCGUGCAGGCUGUGCGACUGACUACGGCGCGGCUCGUCACACAUUCCCAGCGUCCGGACUCGGUCUGAACUCUGCCACACUGUAAGUGUUCAAUGUGGUUUUAAACGAAACUUUUACUCACGAUUUUAAACACGUGAAAUAGUUACGUUCUCUAGUUUAGGUUUUUUUUAAAAAAAACGAUAA